GUCCCGAGCGGUUUGAACGUCCGAGUCUCUCCAACCCCCCCCUCCCCAACCCCAGCAGACAAACGGUCAACAUGUUUGGGGCCUUCAGAGCGACGAAUUCCCUGAGCGGGGGUCUUCUAUGGAAGAUCCCAUGGCGCCUCUCCCCCACGCAAAAGUACCGCCAACGACAGAGGCUAAAGGCCGUCGAUAACGUCGUCGAGACACUGAGCACGGCGCUGGCAAAGAAGGGCGAGACGGUCAAGUCGUUGGAGCGGUGGAAGGCCGAGAUGCCUACCGAGGCUGAGAUGCUGGCGAAGGACAAGUACACCAUUUUCGACCGGAAAGAGAAGAGAUACCGCAAGGGCAUUCACAAACUCCCCAAGUGGACUCGCGUGUCGCAAAGACUCAACCCACCUGGUUUCUAAACCAGAGACGAUGGGCGUAGGCUUGGACAUGUAUAUCCUGUGUAUUAUACCAAAUGAAAUCCAAGGCGUUUAUGAUGGGAUUUGAUAGAACAAAAUCGAUAUUCUAAACUACACUUGAUGUUUAA